UUCGUGACGUCAUUCUUAACCCGGAAGUGAACUUUAGUUAAGAUGGCGGUUGACCUGACGUGAUCAGCUGAACGUUUCGUAGAUGCGAUGUAAACAGCUCUAAGGAAAAUUGUCCAAAAUUCUAGAUAGUAAGAACCAUUUGAACAGUUUCUUCAACAAGUUGGUGACGCACCCAAGCUCUGAUAGAAGCAGACAGAAUCCCUGGUAACCAUGGCGAUGCGUCAGCUGGUGGAGGGGGAGUGUGGAGGAGCCAACCCCCUGAUGAAGUUAACCACACACUUCACUCAGGACAAGACUCUCCGGCAGGAGGGGCUCAGGCCAGGCUUUCCUGCAGCAAGGGGGCUGCCUGUGACACCUGACAGAUUUGCUGAAGCCUCAGAGGAACAGUUGGUGAAUGAGUUCCUGGCAGACCAGCGCAGCCAUGCUGCCCCUACAACCUUCCGCAUGGACGCCCUCAUGCAGGAGAUGAGAGAAAUUGAAGAUGCCGAGAUGAGAAGUAGACUUGCUCAAGCACCCAAUGUAGCUGACCUUGCCACUGCUGCAAACUGGGCGGAUGAGUACCUUGCUAAGGAAGGAACAGACUUGAAUGACUCGGACUGGUCCAAGGAGUUUGUAGACGAUCCUCUCAGUAGAUAUGCAGGUCCAGAUAUCCUCCCCUUGGAACAGGCUGAUGCCAAGUGGGCCCAUGAGUAUCUAGAACAAGCAGAAGAUAAAACCUGGACAGAAGAAUUUGUCAAAUUAGAAGAUGAAGCAGAUACAAAAUGGGUUGAGGAGUUUACAGACCAAGAUAACGAACUUGCCAGAACAGCCAAUCAGCUCCUGCAGUCGGUAGAUGACCCGAAAUUAACAAACUCUGAGACAGAGGAUUUUGCCUUCCCAAUGUCUGUAGACAAGUUCAUGAAGUUUGUGAAGAAGAUAGGCGAGGGGGAUGUGACAAUAGAGGGGAACCAGGUUAUAGACCAGACAGCAGACAGGGAAGCUGAAAAGUGGACAGAACAGUUUGCUAGAGAACAGGGUUGGCAGCGAGGAGCAGAAGCAGAAGAGGAGGAGUGGGUUAGACAGUUCCAACAGGAACCAGAUGUGUUGAACUUUGACACUGAUGAAGCCAGACAACAGUUAGAGGCUGGUAGUGACUUCUGGGACAAGUUACAAGAGGAGUGGGACCAGUUAGCACAGCAGGACUCCGCCCAUCCCUGGCUGUCAGACUUUGACAAUGUUGUAGACACUAACAAGGAGUACACAUUUGAGGAGGACAACCCCCUGAAGGACCAUCCCGAUGCCUUUAAGGAGGGCAUGGAGAGGCUGAAGCAGGGUGACCUGGCCAAUGCUGUGCUGUUGUUUGAGGCAGCUGUACAGAAGGACCCUGAACACAUGGAAGCAUGGCAGUACCUAGGUACCAGCCAAGCAGAGAAUGAGCAAGAACAACAUGCCAUCAGUGCACUGAAAAGGUGUCUGGAGCUGCAGCCGCAGAACCUGACAGCUCUGAUGGCGCUGGCCGUCAGCUACACCAACGAGUCCAUGCAGCAGCAGGCCUGUCAGACACUCAAGUCCUGGCUGGCCAACUCUGUCAAGUACAGCAACCUGGUUCCACAGGGGGCAGAGGCAGCAGGGGCAACAGCCAAAGUCAGCUCCGUCAUGUCAAGUGAGCUACAUGAUGAGGUUCGGGACCUGUUCAUCCAAGCAGCCAGGAGAGCACCGAAGGACAACAUUGACCCAGAUGUGCAGUGUGGUCUGGGGGUGCUGUUUAACCUGUCCGGGGAGUACGACAAGGCUGUGGACUGUUUCAAUGCUGCACUGGCUGUCAGACCUGAGGAUUCGCUCCUGUGGAACAGACUUGGCGCCACCCUAGCCAAUGGGAACAGGAGUGAGGAGGCGAUCCAGGCGUACAGGCACGCCCUGCAGCUGCGGCCCGGGUUUGUACGCAGUCGGUACAACCUGGGCAUCAGCUGUGUCAACCUGGGGGUGUACAAGGAAGCAGUAGAACACUUUCUGACGGCCCUGAACAUGCAGAGAGCAGGCAAGGGUCCCAAGGGAGAGGCGGCGCUCAUGUCGGAGAACAUCUGGAGCACGUUACGCAUGGCCAUCUCGCUCAUGGGGCGGCCGGAACUGUACGCACACUGCGACCGCAAGGAUCUAGACGCCUUGAAUAGCGAGUUUCGUCUCAACGAGGUGGAUGUCUGAGAAGGAUAUUUCUACAAUAUUGGAGGAAGAGCCAACAGUGUCAUAUAAGAGGACACCUCCCAGUCUGAGGUUGAAAGAAUCAUAUAGUAUUUGGGGUCCAGCAGAUACUGUCUCAAGUGUGAUCUGUGUUUAUGAGAAAGGGCUGUGGAAGUGGUAAACAUCUGGGCAAACAUGAAAAGGGGCAAAUGUUAGGUGUAUACCGUAUGUUAAAGUCGUAAUUAUGUUACAAUGUACCUUGUGUUCAGCAGUCUAACCUGUUUACCCAUGUUGUAGGCUUUCUGUUGAUGGGUUUUCUGGUCAUUUAGAAAGCUAGCAAUAUACACUGUGUAUGUCUUAAGAUUUGUUGAUUUUGCAUCAAUUAAUUUUUGCUCUAUGAAAGCAUUUCGAUCAUGACAGAUGAGAGAUAUGAAGAAGAUAAUUUGCUAUUUAACUUAUUAUGCAGGAAUGCUUAAAACUUAAGCUUGUGAUGUGAUUUUUUCAUGCUUCUUACCAGUUUGUGAGCCUAAUGUGGUCAAAUGUAAAUUGCAGUACUACUGUGUUCAGCUAGGUGUCAUGCUUAGAUUUACAGUGUGGAUUCCUAACUCAUGUUAUAGGCUAACUAUAGAAUGAGUGUGGUGUAGGGUUUCAUGGUGCAAGAAUUGAAGAAAAUGUUAGAAUCUUUCUCAAAGAUAUUGGAGUAAAAUCUUGAAUAUUAAAUGGUUUAGAUUGGACACCCAUCUUAUGGCCUGUGAUAUGUACAUACGUAUAAUGUAAACGUAAAUAUUACACAAUAUUGCUGUGAUUAUUUUGGAUACCUUAACUUCAGAUAGUUGAAAUUUAGAGUGAUACAAGCAAGAGUACUUCAUCAUUUGUAAAUUGUCAGUUGAAAUGUGUUUAUGGAAUGCUACAUGGAAAAUGGAGUCAAGAGAAAGUAGGUACUGUAACAACAUAUAUCUCACCACAGAAUGACAAAUACAAGAAUGUGUAGACAUAUGCAAUAGAUGUACGAGGGUUUCUUUUAUUCCGCAAGAAAUUAUGACUCUGGAUAAAGCCUUUGUUACCUACACUUGUCAUAUCUUUGAUACUGGUGCUUGACAUGAGAGGAAAUAGUGGGCAGCAAAGUAAGGUUACCCCGAUUUGCUUCUAGCUAUUGACAAAACUGUUCUAAUUUUAGAAGGUGUACUAAGAUCGGUUUCUAUCAACUCUGAAAAUCUCAAAGAUCUACAAAUUUCUCAUGCAAAUACUGUAUGCAAUAAAGUAUGCUUACUUUUGA